UGUGUAAAAGUCAAGCUUUUUGUCGUGAAUAAAAAAGCCUAAAAGGUCACAAAUUAACAUCCUCCUGCCUCCAUUGUCUUCUUUCCACUACCAAAAAAGGGCUCAAAAGCUCGGAGACGAAGGGACUGAGAAGAAGGAAGUGUCGGUGGUAAGGCAUGGGGUCUCAAGCAGAGUCCGACCCUAGCUACGCUCCCAAGUUGCCGCUCUUCUCCAUAGCCAUGCAAGAGCCUGAGCCCUCCGGAACCCAAACCCCACCGCUCCAGACCACAGCUUCCGUUCCGUUCCGGUGGGAGGAGGAGCCUGGCAAGCCCCGACCCUGCACCGCCCUCGUCGCCCUCUCCAAAUCUAGUAGCGCUCGCUGCCUGGACCCCCCUCCGAGGCUCUUCUCCUCCGACGUCAAACUCUCCAAAAUGCCCUCCCCCACCACCGUCCUUGAAGGCCCUUACGUGGCUCGCUCUGCCUUCCAGUGCUCUUCCUUCAGAGUGGCGAGAGACCGCCGCCACUCCUUCGGCAGAGGCGGUAGCCCGGAGAGAGGGCAGCUGGGCGCGAUGGUGCUGGGGAGGAGAGGGUUUUUCGGGGGUUGGGGGAGGAAGAAUCACAAGGGUAAAAGAGAAGCUUCUCGGUCUCUGGACCUUGAAGAAGGUAGCUCCCCCGCCACCACCGGAGAUUAUGACAGUGGUGGGGGCUCGAGUGAGAAGAUGACUAGAAUGAGCAGGAGUGGAAGGUAUCUGAGCCUGAGUCAAGCCAGAUCUCACUUCUGGGCGAACGUAUAUGAGGGGCUGAAGCAGGUGGUGCCAUGGAAGAGGAGUAAGAAGUUGAAGAAAGAUGGGCUCUUGAUUUGACUUCUCCUUCGUCCGCCACAAUGGUUCAAUCACAUUUCUAAUCAAACCAGCUGUGCCUCACCUUCUAGUCUGUGAUUGAUUGAAAACUUAUGGUGUAUAGAGAGAGACACUAUGUAAUAUGCUUUUUAACCUCUUUUUCCCUGCUUGGGUUUGGAAAAUGACAUGCGAGGAAGACUUUUUAUGGAUA